AUGCACCGUCGCGUCGGUCCAAAGACGGAGUCUUACGCCAAGCGGAUGCCCGUCUCCGUGACGACGACGUACACCGACUGGACCGAGCUGUCUGCCAUCGAUCCGGGUCACUUGCCGGCUCCUACGUCGGGCUUCGUCACCACUAUCACCGCACCGGACGGCAACAUCCCUUGCGGCAAUGUCCAGCCUUGCGGGCACCCGGCCAGCGGCAACACGUUUUACGACAACGGAGCGAGCAUCCGGACGGGCUGGAGCACGCCGCUCAUUCCCAAUUGGAAAUACCCGGUCUUCACCAAACUGCCGAAGCCGACGUCGGGUUCCAGCACAUCUUCCUCAACGAGCUCUACAAGUUGA